AUACAGAGAAGCGCAAGUUUUAUAUUUUGUAUUAUCAGUAUUGUAUAAAUAAAAAUAAAUACAAAUAAAAACAGUGCUCAAGGAAUGCUUAGGAAUUACCAUGAUUGUAGUAGCUUUAAUUUUGCGAAUAAAACUUUGUCAAUCUUUUCGAAUUUAAUAGGUUACUUAACCACAAGUGUUUACGAGAUAAUUGUUUUAAUUCCUAACCUAUGUUACAUUGGCCUGCCUAACCUUCCUUGAUAUGUCAGUUCGGAUGACAGAUUGCUCUAAGCAACUGUCUGGUUUAAAUAAUACAAGGCUUCCAAACAAAGAACGGAAUAAAUGAUGAACGUUCAAAUAAGGCAUCCCUAUGAGGGUUUACUACAUAAAUAUACCAAUGCCAUGAAAGGAUGGCAAUACCGUUGGUUUAUCCUUAGUCCUGAAACUGGUGAACUACAUUAUUUUCUAAGUGAAUCUGAGAAAAAUCAACGACCACGAUGUUCUAUUUAUUUAGCUGGAGCAGUAAUUGCACCAAGUGAUGAAGAUUCCAAUACUUUUACUGUCAAUUCUGCUACAGGUGAUAUGAUUAAACUAAGAGCUACAGAUGCUCGUGCUCGUCAAGAAUGGGUUGACAAGCUACGAGCUGUUACUGAAAUGUAUACUAGAGCCAUAGCCAGCAGUCAUCCUCCUUUACCUCCAAGAGAACAUUCCGCCAGUACCACUAGAAACCCAGUUGCUAAGCUGGAAGUUUUAGAUGCUUUUGCCAAUUGUCAGGAGCAACUGAGCAAAGUGGAAAAACAUAAUCUUGCAUUAGCGCAGACUAUUGAGAACUCAAGUUUAAAUUUGGACCCUGAUUUACUAGUUCUUAAAGCAAUGGCACAUACUACAUUACACACAUUAAAUCAAUGUCUUAAUAUAUUAUAUCAAUAAUUACUGAAAG